AAUUCGGAAAAUUAUCGGGCUAUUUUGGGGGAAGUGGCCGCUGACGUCCGUUACACUAAAUAAAGUGGAGACUACGGGAUUGCCCCAUUUCUUAGUUACACGCAGGCUGCCAGGCAACAUUGAAAGCAGCAGCAGAACACAGAAGCAGCUGCUGACCAAGACAUUUUCUGGCCCUUGCUCAGACCGCCCAAGGACUGCCCAGAUUGAAGGUCCAGCCACCCUGCUACCGUCGAAGAAAUUCCCACCCAUCUUUUAUGAUCGGCUGCCGGGUUUUAUGUUGACCGUUACAACCGCAAAAUCGGACUUCUUCUACCGCGACAUUGUACGUGUAAGCCUCUAACAGUUAGCUCCUCGAUAAGCGGCCAUCUCGAUCUUUUUUUAGAGGGGAAAAAGGAAAAAAGUCGAGAUGGAUCCAGCGUCUCUUGAUCCACGCCUUCGCGAUCCCGGCGAGGACUCAAUUGUCGUCAACGGUCCGGCCAAUCCGCCUCAACAACAACAAAUAGCUGUCGCGGGAAUUCACUCUUCUUCACAUCCGUCACAACAACCGCCAGAUCUUCCCGAAUCACCUUUACAGCAGCAAUUCCAAGCCCAAUCGACCGGCCCAUCUCCUUCAGCUUCUGUCACUGGCUAUACUCCCCAUACUCCUAAUGGCCACCAUGCCCAUUCCGCUGCCAGCGAUACUCCCAACGGCCCUGGCAAUACCCCGCAGGACCCGAACGACCCCAAGCGACCGCGAGCUUGCGAAGCUUGCCGUGGACUGAAGGUGAAAUGCGAACCCGAUCCAGCGAAUCCCGAAGGGCCCUGCAAAAGAUGUGCGAAGGCAGGUCGCAACUGUGUUGUGACGCAGCCCACGCGAAAAAGACAGAAGAAGACGGAUAGUCGGGUUGCAGAGUUGGAGAAGAAGAUAGAUGCUCUGACUGCAAGUCUGCAUGCGAGCCGCGGAGCACCAAGCAGCACUACUUCGCAUCCGCCCCCAUCGGAGGAUCCGACAUACGGAUAUGGCCAUGCUUCGACCGCAAGAGAUUGGGGUGCUCCGCCAUCUCGAGAUCACCAACCUCAAGCCGCAUCCGAGGCUGAGAAACGAUCUUCAUUUGCGGCGCCAACCGCCAUGGCUGGUCAGAAGCGCAAGUUCACCGAAUCCACCGAGGGGUCACCUGUCGUUGCUAGUGCCUCGCCCGCGCCGCCCAAGUUCAAUACAGGACCCGAGUCGGAGCCAGAUAUUAUCGAUCGUGGGAUAAUUACUAUGAGCGAAGCUGCCGCAUUCUUCGCCCGAUUCACGGAAGACAUGGUACCACACUUACCAGCCGUCGUUUUCCCCGAGGGCACAACUGCUACUGAAGUUCGAAAGACGAAGCCUAUCCUGUUCCUUGCUAUCAUGGCCGCUGCCUCAUCUGAAAUCCCUAAGCUUCAACGCCAACUCGUGCGGGAAAUCAUGCAAAUAUUUGCUGACCACAUCAUCAUCUCGGGUCGCAAAUCAUUGGAGCUCAUCCAAUCGCUUUUAGUCAGCGUCAUAUGGUACUAUCCACCGGAGCAUUUCGAGGAGCUCAAGUUUUACCAAUUCGUACACUUGGCAGCUGUUAUGUCCAUCGAUAUCGGGCUUGGGAGAAGAAAGCACAACCCGAAAACUCGACUUGUGCCUUACACUUGGCGUGACCAUCCAUUCAGGAAGCAGCCUCUUCCUGACCCCAUGUCAGUUGAGGCACGACGGACGUGGUUAGCCGUCUAUUUUUUGGCUUCCAACGUGUCAAUGGCUUUGCAUCGCCCAAACUUGAUUAGAUGGCAACCUUUUAUGACCGAGUGCAUGGAUAUCUUGGAAUCUUCUCCACAGGCGGCACCCACCGAUAGGUAUCUGUGUCAUCUUGUCUGGACGCAUCGACUCGCCGAGGACGUUGGUAUCCAGUUCUCUAUGGAUGAUCCGAGCGUUUUUGUCAACGUCUCGGAACAGAAAGUCCAAUAUGCUCUGAAGGGUUUCGAACGAGAUCUUGCUAAGUAUAGCGAAUCCAUCCCUAAGGCGGAGAAGAGACCUUCUCUUAUUCUUGGCUUUCACGUAUUAAACCUAUAUAUGCAUGAGAUCGCGCUCCACGUCGAUAAGAGCCCUGAGGAUUACCGACCUCCGUGCAACGCCGAUUCCCUCCGGGAGCCUAUCCCGGGAUUAGAUGACUCGCUAACACCCUCGCACAUUAGCGCUCUGUCAUCGUGUCUCGUUGCGAUCGAUGGCAUCUUUGAAACGUUCUUAUCGAUGGAUGUCCAUAGUAUUCGCUGUAUUCCGAUCUUUAGUUUUGUUCGGGUCGCCUACGCCGUGGUUGUUCUGAUUAAGAUGUACUUUAGCGCAAGUAACUCGAAUUCAGAGCUAGGCAAGGUUAUUAACAAGGAUAACAUGAAGGUUGCGGAGUACCUUGAGAAGCUGCUUGAGAAAUUCCGCGAGGUCGCUGCGUCGGAUAAGUCGCGCCCGGCUAGCAAAUUUCUACUUGUUCUGGCCAUGCUGCGCAGCUGGUUCUAUAAGCAAGGUCAGGCUCAUGGUAAGGGUUUAGGUGAUGAUGAAGCUGCUUCGGCAGCUAUCCAAGACCUAAGAGGAGGAAUGCCCACAAGUGAGCAAAAGAACGGUUCGGCUCCCCCACAGCAUCCGUCGCAGCAACACCAAUCGCAAUCGAACAAUCUUGGGCAAACAAACACACCGCUACAAUUACUAUCAGAGAUAGCGACUGGUAACGGCCCGUCACGCAAUAACGGUCAGAACCCGGGCCCGGAUACCAACGCUCAAUCGUACCAGACGAACCCAGGAUGGCUACGAUCUGUACCGCAGCCGGCUCAACCAUUCAUGUAUGACCCAACCGGUGGUAAUACGGCAGCUACGUCUAGGGGAGGGAUGCCUGGUCCGGGUCCGGAGCAAUCGUUCGUACCGUGGAUGGCUGGUUCUUUCGGAACUACGGAUUUCGAUUAUACCACCCUAGGCGACGGUUUCGAGCAGGCCAUGGGCCUCACUCUAACGGGCUUCGGCGGCGGCAGCCCCGGCGACCCGGCCUCGUACGAAGAUACCAUGCGCUAUAUGAUGCAAAACGAUAUGCUCGGCCCAAUCCCGGUCGAGGGCUUCGCAACCGCGCCCCAGGGCCCACAGGCCGGUCCAAAUGGAAGCUAUUACCCGUUCUAGGCAAGCGCGGAAUGUCCGGUCGCGAAGCGCGGCGGUUGGUGUAUGAGCUGCGGUUAUUACUAUUUCGCGCAGGGGUACUAAUAAGUCCGUGUUCCUGAAGGGCUGCUCGGGGGGGAUUUCUCACCCGGAGUCGCGGACGAGGCGGGGGGAGGAUUAUACUGUAUUAUUAUAGGUCACUUACCCAGGCGGGCGAAUACCCG